CGGAGAACCAACGAUUAUAGGAGGCCUUCGUUAAGCAGAACCAGCCUAACGUAUAAUGCGCCCUGCCCCCCCCAUCACACCCCCACCACCAAAAUGCGCAUCGGCUGUCUCCAAUUCGCAGCCCAGCUCGGCGAAGUCAAGCCCAACAUCGCCCUCGCCGACAGCAUCCUCACCCUUUCCGCACCCCCUAACCUCGACCUCCUCGUCCUCCCCGAACUCGCCUUCACAGGCUAUAACUUCAAGUCCCUCCACGCCAUCGCGCCCUUCCUCGAGCCCACGACCUCCGGGCCCAGCGCGGAAUGGGCGCGCCAGACGGCACGGAGGCUCAAUUGCACUGUUGUUGUCGGAUACCCCGAAUCUGUCGAUGUGAGCGCGGAAUGGCCGGCGUCGCCGGAAUACUAUAAUGCUGCGGUGGCAGUGUCGUCCUCGGGUGCAACGCUCGCGAAUUACCGCAAAUCGUUCCUGUAUUAUACUGAUGAGACGUGGGCGCUAGAAGGGCCGGAUGGAUUCUUCCAUGGGGAGUUUGAAAGGCUGGGUGAUGUGGCGAUGGGGAUUUGUAUGGACCUCAACCCGUAUAAAUUCGAGGCCGCGUGGAACGCCUGGGAAUUCGCGUAUCACAUCAUCCAUGUCGAGGCAAGGGUGGCGAUUGUAUCGAUGGCGUGGCUAACGCGCGAAGAGGCGGGGCCGUAUGGAGAGCAUCCCAAGGAGCCGGAUAUGGAGACUCUUGCCUACUGGGUGGCGAGGCUGGAGCCGCUGGUGAGGAGGGAGCAGGAGGGCGAGAUCAUUGUGGUGCUAGCGAAUCGGGUGGGCGUGGAGGGCGAUGCGGUGUAUGCGGGCACGAGCACGGUGCUGGGGAUUGAGGGGGGAGAGGUGAAGUUGUAUGGGGUGUUGGGGAGAGGGGUGGAGGAUCUGUUGGUCGUGGAUACCGAGAAGGGGCCGUUGGGGAAGCUGGUUAGUGCGGCGGCGGCGGCGGCGCAGACGGAGAGCGACGUGUCGAGGAGUGGGGAGAGUGUGGGGAGCCCGUUGGGUUCGGGGCAGGAUGAGAGGGAUAAGAGCUCGUCGGCGGAGACGUCAGUUUCGCCUGGGAAGUCUGUGUCGCCCCAUUGAUACCGUGGAGGCAUACGAGUGGUCUAAAAUUGGGUUUCAACGGUUUUGAGCGGAGGAGUCGGGUGUUUUGUAGCGAUUAUGCUGCAUGUGAGCGUUUUUGUGUGCACGGUUAUGAUAGAUGAAGAGACGACCAAAAACCUAAAUGCAACAAUGAUAAAUGAAAUCCGAUGCUUCUGGCUCGUUUAAGGCGCCGUGAAUGCUCAACUUGCAGAUUAACGGCCAGGAAAGCAGUUACCAAUAGAAGAGAGAUGGGGUCGCCCCCUUUUUUUUCGAAUUAGCUUUCUUGCAAGGCCAUCUAUCUGGUCCGUCGGAUCGAGAAUUUACCUUUCUCGUUCGCCCGGCGACGACAGCAGAGCACGCGGUGACAAGAAGAUACCGACGGCAAGAGAGCUUCGACAGCAACACAGAGUUGACGGUGAGAGAAAACACAACGUCUUCAAAGUCUGACAGGAGCGCAGAGUUAUCGGCCUUGAUAUGAACCUUGGAUCCACGCACCAGCAAGAGCUUCACGUUCCGUCGUAUGCCACUGACAGUGCGUUGCUGUACGUUGGUGGAUGUAAAACUCAGAAUGUGUGCUUUGCCGUAGGUCAUCUAAUGUUAUACUCCGCCGAGGCAGCCUAUCUUGGAUGCGCUUGGUUGGAGACGACCUCUGUACAUUCUAUUAAUCUCGAUCUCAUAUAUACACCAUAUUAUACAAA